AUGUCGUCUGAAAAGGCGAUUGUCUCCUCCUUCGUGGAGGGAGCGCCCCCGGGAGAGCCGCGUAGCCUAACCGGAUGCCUUCCAGACAUCAAGGCACUGACGAUCUCGAGCCCGAACCUGGUGAACGAGCUGGGCCCGGCGUUCCAGAAGUACAAUGAGGAGCAGUUUGCGACAGUUAAGCUUCCUGGGAGCAGCCAACAGGUCAUCAUCAGCUCGCACAGCGCACUGGGCGGCGGCCGCUACUACGAUCUCGAGAGCUCGUGCAGCUUUGCGUUCGACCACACCACACAGAAGGCCAGCGCGGUCGAGAGCCAUGUUGUGGAUGGCGAGAAGGCAGAUUUAGCAAAAUCGACACUCAAGGCGCUGUCGACCUACGUCAAGGAGCACUUUACGAACGCCGCCUACGGCGCCUACCCGAUAGAGAACGAUACCAAGAUCGCCAUCAUCAUCGUCGCCAACAAGUACAGCCCGAGCAACUUUUGGAACGGGCGCUGGCGCUCGCUCUACAUCUUCAACCCGGCCUCUAGCUCCCUUGAGGGCUCCAUCAAGGUCGACGUGCACUACUACGAGGACGGCAACGUCCGGCUGCUGACCAACAAGUCGGUCAACAUGUCCGUGACGUCCGGGACGGGCGCGGGCAUCGCCAGGGAGAUCGCGGCGGGCGAGAAGAAAUACCAGGAGGAACUGAAUCGCAGCUUUACGAGCCUGAGCGAGGGCGCAUUCAAGGCGCUCAGGAGACAGCUCCCCGUGACCAGGCAGAAGAUCGAAUGGGACAAGGUGGCGAGCUACAGGCUGGGGCAGGACAUCGGCGGCGGGGCUGCUAGAAGAUAGACAGGUUCCCUUUGGGUGGUUGAGUAAGCGUGAGCAUGUAUCUGCAUUGAAUGUUACUCUCAGACCCAAUGGAGCGUUCUGUGUAGGCACCCGUAUGGAGAUUCGGGUGUCUUUAUCUGUUGACGCAUGUGCGAGUAAGCAGCGAAACUCCGCCAUUGACACUUACGCCCCCGUCCCAGAAAGUUCCGACAAGCGCAUCGAUCGCUAACGCUGCCCACAGCAAUGGAGGGCUGCAAACUCUGAAACCGACUUGGCGUUGGAAUGCGGGCCGCUGGGCAAAGUACGGCUUCGAUCUGGCCUCCGGAAAACGGUCCCCGCCUCUAUCAGGAGGAAAUCCCCGCACGAAGUUCACAGAAACCCGCCGGACACCCUUCUGUCUGACUUCGCAGUGAAAUGCAUCGGUUUCCGAGAUACCGCAAGUCUCCAAAUCGAACGACUAUGAAAUGAACGAAUCAGAUUCCAGAAGGGAUAA